UUUAAUAUCCCCAGUCACCAAAGCAAUACUGGUUGCUCUGUUUAUUUUUGCGAUCCUGCUCAUUCUUUACGUGAUAUUAUGGUAUAUUUGUCGAGAUGUGGAUUGUGAUCACGGAAUUUGAUGGACAUUAUUGGAUGCGUCUUUAAGGACGUGCACCGGGUGUCCCAGCAUUGGCACUGAUCACCAAGGGAGCAAAGGGUGACCCUGUGACUCACGCAUGACGUAGAGAGCGGAACUAUCGUAAGAACCUCUGAACUGGUCCUGAUGUAUUUCAGCACGGAGCGUAAAUACUGAGGCACGCGACGUCAUCUUCAGAAAUGUGGCGGUUUCUGCUGUGUAUUCUUGGCUUCAUCAGACUCUACUUAGAUGGCGUGAAAGUUCUCCUUUAUCAGCUUUUCAACAAGUCCUUCAUCCUGCCAGAUUUGCCCAAGCAGAAUGGAAAGGUUGCCAUAGUGACAGGGGGGACCAGAGGAAUGGGAUAUGAGAUUUCCAGACAUCUGGUCAGCCUGGGCAUGCAUGUGGUCAUUGCUGGAAAUGAGGAAGAGGAGGGUCUGGCAGCAGUAAAGAAGAUUCAGAACGAGCUGAAUCAAGUAAAAGUGGAGUUCAUGUUCAUGGAUUUGGCCUCUUUAACAUCUGUGCGGCAAUUUGUCCAGAGAUUCAAAGCUAGAGGCUUGCCACUUCAUGUUCUUGUCAAUAAUGCUGGCAUUAUGCUUGUUCCUGAGAGGAGUACAGUGGAUGGGUUUGAACUGCACUUUGGGCUAAACUACCUGGGCCAUUUCCUGUUGACUAACCUGUUGCUAGAUGUGCUGAAAACGUCAGGCAAACCUGAGAAAUGUUCACGAAUAGUGAUUAUGUCUUCAGCUACCCACUAUGGUGGAAGAUUAUCUCUGGACGACUUGCAGGGAAGGAUGUGUUAUAGUGCCCACGGUGCUUAUGCCCAAAGUAAACUGGCCCUGCUGCUGUUCUCCUAUCACCUUCAAGACCAGAUGUGGGCCAGAGGAGACUCAGUAAUGGUUAAUGCAGUGGACCCAGGCAUGGUGGACACAGCGUUGUAUGACAAUCUGUGUAGCCCAGCCCAGUUGGCCAAGAAGCCUUUCGUUAAACUGCUCUUCAGGGGCAGAGGACUGGCCCGGGUCGUGAUUAUACACGCCUGGCCCCUUAGGCUAAUCAAGCCUCUGAGAGGGAUAAAGGCCAACCGGAGAUGGCGGUGGGACAGAGAGAGAGAUUUACAGGAAGCUCGGCAUCUCUACGCCUGCAGAAGGAGCAUCCACGGCCAUCUAUGCUGCAGCUGCCUCCGAGCUGGAGGGGAUUGGAGGACUGUAUCUGUACAACGGUUGUAAAACAGAGUCUUCAGCGAUUUCUUAUGAUGAGCGACUGCAAACCAGGCUAUGGAAAGAGAGCUGUGCUCUAGUGGGCCUCCAACAGGCAUGAGAGAACAUCACACCAGCAAUAAUCUCUUUGUUAGCAUACCAUGAUGAUCGCUCAGUACAAAUUUUCACUCUCAUCUCAUUAUCAUUAUAUUGAUCAUUUGUGUGAGGAGCUCUUUGGUUUGUGGUUCCUCAAGUUCUCAGUGACUCUGCAGAAUCAAGAAAAUGACUUCAACUUAUCUGUCAUGCACUCUAACACACUUUAAAUACGCUAAUCCCUGUUCUGGAACUCCUUUUCACUUGGAAUCUUUCUCAACAAACCUUUCCUGAACCAAGCAAAUAACACUUGUGCUUUUAUUAAUAAGCUACGAUCAUGAACUCUGCUAAGCCUAUUUGGCUGCUUAAUGAAUCAGUACCAUUGCAAUGACAGUUCCACUGAUUUUACUUUAGAUUUCAUCAAAACAGACUAGAGCCAAUCAAAGGAUGAAAGGAUUGCAUGUGAAAUAUUAAGCUCUCUGUACAGGGCGAACAUCAGCCUGUCUCUGUUGAUUCCCUAUUUCUACACUGGGAUUGUGGGUCUCUCUUUGAAAGUAUAGUUGUGUAUCUUCUAUGGCUCCUCCUUUGGGUUAUCCAUCCAUCAGUCAGUGUCAUUACUCGCUCUGCCUACCGCAUAUAAUGGUCUAAAUACAGACUGAAGAAGGACUAAGGGGGGAAAACCUUUGUCUGGCUAAGCCCUUUAUUUUUCAUUCCUCCACUGUGUAAUUUCAAAUGGUGUUAAAAAUCUUCUAGAAAAGAGAUUGCUUCCCUGUUGCCUGGUGCUUCACCGUUGUCCACCUUGUUUUCCUCCCCUGGGGAUAUUUCAUCCUACUGUUCUGUUUGUGACUGUGAUGUGUUCAGAAUGUGUAAUUCUAAUGUCUUACCAGUCUGUAAAAAUGUAGUUUUAGCGUUUUCAUUUUAAUCUUGCUUCUGAGAAGACCUCAGUUAAAUAAAACAUUUGAAAAAUGUGCACAGAUUUUAUAACUCAAGAAUUUCCUAUUUCUUUGCUGAUGUUGAGUGUUAACGUAUAAGAAAACAAAUAUCUAUUAUUUAUAUAUAU